AUGACUCAACGACUGACGUCCGACACGUCAGUUACGGUUUCAAGACAACAUCUACCGCAGCAGCAGCAGGAGCAGCAGCAGCAGCAGCGGCGGCUGCUUCAAGAAAUGGCUAUGGCCUACUACGCUCAAAGCUUUCUUCAACAACAACAACAGCAACAGCAACAAAGUCUCGCCCAGCAGCUAUAUCGCCAUCAACAUUCCAGUACUUUAGCACCCUCGCAACAGCAAUUGAUCCCUCAAUUUGCCCCGUUGGCUGCUCUGUUGUCUGCCGGCCUCAACGUUCCAGCACAACCAUCCUCCCAGACACAGCAGCAGAUUCCGCAGGAUGCGACUGGCGUGAUGACUCAACAACCGACGCCUAGCAUGUCGACCACGAGUUCAGAAGAACAGGCGCAGCAGCAGCAGCGGCAGGAAAUGGCUGCACCAAUAUCGCCAAAAUAA